AUGUAUCUACGCGUGUUUGACGAUGGAAGACCCACAACAAAAUAUUUCUCUUUGCAAGCACUGGAGCGUGCUGAUAGUAAAGGAAUGUUAACGUCAAUAGACGCGGCUUUUGACAAAGAGUUUCAAAUAGACGCACAGACCUGGAAAGAAAAACUUGUGGGCUUCGGUGCAGACGGGGCUGCCGUCAAUUUUGGUCAGAGACAGGGUGUUAGUGCGAAAUUACGUGCGGAUAUCCCUCAUCUUGUAUCAGUCCAUUGUGUAGCCCACAGAUUGGAACUGGCUAUUAAACACGCACUUGAACAAUGUAAAUAUUUCAAAGAAAUUGAGGAUUUUCUCGUAAAUAUUUUCAAGUUUUAUAAGAACUCGCCAUUAAAUUGGUCAAAUUUACAGUUAGCUGGAGAAACCACGAAUGUGAAAGUAUACAAACCUUCCAACGUCCUGGGCACAAGAUGGAUUGGUCACCAUGAACGUGCAAUUAUAAAUAUUACUAAGAACUAUUCGGCUAUGUUCACUCACCUCGACCAGGUUACGAUCACAGGGCAGUCAAUUGAUGCAAAAAAUAAAGCAAAGGGAUUUUGCAGAAAAUUACAGUUUUACAGAUUUACUAAAUCUCUUUAUGUGAUGAUGGACAUAUAUACUGUAUUAUCACGUUUGUCAUUAAUGUUUCAAAAGAAUGACAGUUCAGUUGAAACAGUUGAUACUUGUUUUCAAGCUGCACUAAGCAACUUAAGGGAGCUGCGAGAAAACCCUGGGCCACGGGAAAUGGAAUUUAAUAAUCAUAUCACAAUUGACAAUGAUGAUAUAAAGUUUUUGGAUGUAACAUGUAGAGCUGAACGAGGUGGAACACUAACUCAGCAAGAAUAUGAUGAAAUGGUGAACAGAGAUAAGAUGACAUUAAUACAAAACACUAUUGAUCAACUGGAAGUUAGGUUUACAUCUUUCAGUGACAACCAGGUGUUAAAUGGCUGCAAAGUAAUUAAUCAGAGAAAUUGGCCCAUUGAUAACGUUGGUGAUCUCCUGGAGUAUGGCCAAAUAGAAAUACAGCAACUCAUAACACAUUUCCAGGAUUUGCUCAUUAGGCGGAGUUGUAAAAUAAAUGAUAUCCCACUGGAAUGGAGGCAACUGAAACUGAUUCUCAGAGACACUGCAAUAACACAGCCACAUUUAACUUACCUAGACUUCUGGCAGAGACUUCUUAGACACAUGCCAGAAGAGUUUGUUAAUAUACUCACCCUUGUGAAGAUUGUGCUUCUUAUUCCAAUUCACACUAGUGAGUGUGAGCGAGGGUUUUCAAUAAUGGGUAAAAUUAAAACUGACUGGAGAUCCAGUCUCACAACAGAAAAACUGAAUGAACUAUUAAGAAUAAAACUGUUAGGGCAACCAUUGCAUAAAUUUAACCCACAACCUGCUAUUAUGACUUGGUGGAAUGCAGUAGGCGUACACGAAGACCAGAUAUUAGCCAUAUGGACCACGUGCACAAAUGAAAGUGAUACUGACACUGAUUUGUAA